AUGGAAUCUGAGUUUGUUGAUUUGACUCAGUAUGUGAUUUUAAGGGAAGACCUACAAACUGAUGGGAAACCUUGGCCCAGAGGUGCUCUUAUCGCACAGGCUUGUCACGCUUGUAUAUCGGUCAAUUCUUUGUAUAAUUCUGACGAGGGUGUGAUAAAAUACACUAGCUUUGAGAACUUGCCGAAUCUAAGAACUGUUGUUUUAUCUGUUGAGAACGAGUCUUCCUUGCUGGACUACCACAAGGUUCUCACUAACAAUCUUAUCAAGAGUCAUUUGUUCACUGAGAAGCCAGAGAACAUUGUCACUUGCCUUGCUACUGUUCCCAUUGACAAGCGGAAAGUAGGGUCCCUCCUAAAGAAGCUUAAAACUUUUAAGUAA